UUCACAUUAAAAAAAUUCACUACGCUUGACCAUAAUGUCAGAUAAUCAUCAACAUUCUCACGUCGUGGAAGAGUCUCUCCAAGAGAACCAGGAGACUAAGAUUGAAGAGAAACCCAAACAUGAACUUGAUUUGACUCAAAAGCAUUCCAAUGAAAAUGGAGAAGAAUGUGAAGAAGAAGUUGAAGAAGUUGAUGAAGGAGAAAAAGAGGAAGAGGAAAAAAUGAAGUAUGUGGUGUUAGAUUUACCUUCACUUCGGAAAGAGAUCGAAUGCCCUAUCUGUCUUGGCAUAAUUCGAAACACAAAUACUGUAAUGGAAUGCUUGCAUCGCUUUUGCAGAGAAUGCAUACACAAGAGCAUGCGACAUGGUAACAAAGAAUGUCCCACUUGCCGUGUGCAUUGUCCUAGCAAAAGGUCAGUAAGAGAUGAUCCAUCCUUCGAUGCUAUAAUUCAACUUAUUUGUCCAAAUAUUGACGAGUUUGAGAAACAGGAAUUGGCCUACAUUGAAAAAGAACUGGAUCUGCCUAAUAAGAAGGUGCCUUAAAAGCUUCAUUUGCAUCACAUGGUGUAGAAUUGGUAGGGUGGCACUUUGUGUAACUUGGAUAUGUUAAACAUAGUUCUAAACAGCUCUAUUUCGGUUACUGUGCAAUAAGUUUACAACAGCGACCUCAUAUUGCACAUUCAAAAGAAUGAAAUACUUUUGUGAGUAGACAAAGUUUUGUUAUGAU